UAAAAGAAUCAUAUCACAGUGAUGUAUGCGCACCCAUGUUUAUAGCGGCACAGUUUGUAAUAGAGUAAAGCUAUUUUUGAAUUGAGUUGUCUGAUUAUAAAAGAAGAAAUUCUUGCCAGUAGAAUCUUGGCUGCUUUGUUGACAACACAAACAAUUCAUUUCACACCCUUCGUAAGUCUUUUCUGUGAGGCCUUCAGGAAGAUCCCAGUGGUUGCUACCUGCUGCAUGACCUGUUGGUAGGAUAUCCAUAGAUCAUAGGCAGUGAUCACAAAAGAGGUAGGCUCAUGAUAAUUCAUCUAGCAUACCUUUCCCUUGCCUGCCUUCCAUAUAUUUCCAUAUAUUUGCUGCCAAGCUCAUCCUCCUUUACUUGCUUUCUAAAAAAGUGAAAAAAAAAAAAAGUCUCACACCCUUAUUUGAUUCAUAGUCCGCAAUCUGCAAAGAGGGUAAAAUUGUAAAAGGUUCUGGACUUCCACUAAAAACCUUCUGAAGGUUAGAAAAUGAUUAAAAAUCUUUACUGAUUCAGAUCCAGAGACUGAGAAAUGUUUGUUUAAGGCUGCUGAGAAAUGUAUGUUUAAGGCUGCUAGCUCUACUUAUUGUUUCUGUGACAUAGGGUAGGUUGCUCAUACCUCUGGGCCUCAGUUUUGUCAUGAGUUGGAUUUUAAUUGAUAUAACUUAGGAUAGACAGAGCGUGCUGUCUGUGCACGUAACAGGUGAGGACUGUAUAAAAUAAGUGUAAAAUGAAAUUUAAACAUUGUCAAUAAUAAUUCAUUUAGUCAUCAUACCUAAUACAACCAAAAUAUUCCAUAACCUGAAGUUACUGAUUUACUGUUUGUAUUGUGAUGGUCAUGUUUUGUCUGUAUGUCACUAUGCUUUGUAUUAGAUGAGGAAUGACUCUUUUUUUUUUCAUUUUUAUUCUUUAUAUGUGCUUUCCACAGAGGAAACAUCAUAAAUAUAAUAUAGAAGCACUGAACAGAACUUACCUUGUUUCAGGGAAAGCUUCAUAAUAACUGUGGCUUUAACAUUUUUUAUUUUCUUGUGCAUCCUGCCAACCCUUUCAGGAAUUUCUCCCCCAAAAUGGAGACAAAACAAUAUAACUCUCCUGUUUCUUUCUAUGUCAUAGAUAUAGAAAUCUCGGAAUCCCAAUUAACAGCAUCUACAACAUUAUGGUUUUUAUAGACCAUAACAGAGACUUUUAUGGAUAAAAAUUAAAAUAUGCAUAUAUAGAAGGUAAUCCCAACUGCUUGGGAUGAGACACAUUUUUACUUCCCUGUCAUUAAAGACUACAGUAGUCUUGGACAAUUGUGCAUCAAUAAAACACUUGUUGUGGGCUGCCUGACACAGAUGUCUCUUUUUGUUGUUUUUGCAUGUAUGGAUGACAUGCUUCUGAGUGUGAUGGCCUAUGACAGGUUUGUGGCCAUCUGCCACCCCCUGCAUUAUUCAGCCACCAUGAACCCUCACGUCUGUAACUUCUUAGUGUUGGUAUCGUUUCUGAUUAGCCUUUUGUACUCACAGCUCCACAAUUUGAUUGUCUUACAGUUUGUCUACUUCAAAGGCAUAGAAAUUUCCAAUUUCUUCUGUGACCCCUCUCAACUUCUGAAUCUUGCCUGUGCUGAAUCUUUUAGAAAUAAUAUGGUUAUUUAUUUUCUUGGUGUCCUAUUUGGCAUUCUUCCCCUCUCAGGGAUCCUCUCCUCUUACUAUAAAAUUGUUUCCUCUGUUCUGAGAGUCCCAUCAUCAGGUGUAAGGUAUAAAGUUUUCUCCACCUGUGGGUCUCACUUGUCAGUUGUUUGUUUAUUUUAUGGAACUGGUCUUGUAGAAUACUUUGGUUCUGCCACUUUGCCAUCCCCCAGGAAGAGUGCGGUGGCCUCAGUAAUGUACACUGUGGUCACCCCUAUGCUGAAUCCCUUCAAUUAUAGCUUGAGGAAUAAGGACAUUAAAACCACCCUGAAGAGGCUUUCUAGGACCUGUGCAACCAGUUGAAAUAUUGCAAUAAAUGCAAACUUGUAGAUCUACACUUCCAGCAUCCUUGGCCUCUGCUUGUAAUUUAUAAGCUUAAUUCCUCAGCAAGUUGCACAGUAGACAGUGACGGAAAAGAGAGGCACAAGAACUCUAAAAAAAUGUGUGGAAAAUUUCCGGGAAUAACACAUACUUGUAUUGGUGCAUAUUUAUGAUUUCACAACAAUGUAAAUAUAAUGAAUACCAUUGUACUAUAUGCUUAAAUACUUAAAAUGAUAAAUCUUGCUAUUUAUGCUUUCCCACCAUAAGCAAUGUAAACAAAAUGCAGAUGAUUCUCUAAAAUGUAAAGACUCAUAUCAAGUCCAUGUGAAAUAGGAAGAAAAAGGCUAAAGGUGUAGGGGAAGCGGGAAGGGUAGGGGAAAGGAAA